UCGUUCUUCCGGUAAAGCUCUCUCUUUCCCAUUCAACACUUCAAAAUGGGUAUCAGCCGUGAUAGCUAUCACAAGAGGCGAGCCACUGGUGGUAAGAAGGCCGCUAUCCGUAAGAAGAGGAAGUAUGAGUUGGGACGCCCAGCCGCUAACACCAAAAUUGGUGCAACCCGGGUCCACUUCGUGAGAACCCGUGGCGGGAACAGGAAAUUCCGCGCGUUGCGACUGGAUGCAGGUAACUUUGCCUGGGCUUCGGAGGGUAUGGCCCGGAAGUGUCGUAUCAUCGAUGUUGUGUACAACGCAUCGAACAAUGAGCUCAUUCGCACGAAGACGCUGGUGAAGAAUGCUAUCAUCGUGAUCGAUGCUGCUCCUUUCCGCCAGUGGUACGAAAGCCACUACCUGCUCCCGCUGGGCAAGAAGCGUGAAUUAAAGGCGGGCGAAGAGGACGUGUUGAGCAAGAAGCGCAGUAAGCGUACGAUGAAGAAGUUCGUCAAGCGCCAAAAAACCGCCAAGCUGGAUACUGCUCUUGAAGAACAAUUCAACUCGGGUCGUCUGCUUGCCGCCAUUGCUUCUCGGCCCGGUCAAUGUGGACGUGCUGAUGGUUACAUCCUUGAAGGCAAAGAAUUGGAGUUUUACCUUAAGAAGAUCAAAAACAAGAAGUCCAAGUAAGCUUUCAUCUCAGUAUAAAAGGUGCAAAAAUUGCUGGCCACACCACACCUUCAACACUUCCCUACGCCAACACCAUCAGGUGCGUAGAGAGGAUUCGUUCCUCGUCGAUGCAUACGCCGAAAACUUCGACAGAUAGAAAAAUAAUGUGAAGGAACACCCAAAUGUGCUGAUAAAAAGCAACACCUUGAUUUGAGGAAGUAAUAAAACUACACAAAACAAACGA